CUGGGUGGUAGCCAAAGUGGGAUGGCAGUAAAUGGAAUUUUGGACAGGCAUGACGGAGGCGGUGAAAUCGACGGUCCGCAUUAGCCGUUAGCUGGUCCGUGCGCCAGGAGCAAAGCCGGGAAGAGAAUGUCACGCCACUCAUUGACUGCAGGCGAGUUUGGAUUUUGGACCAAUCUGAAGCUUGCCAAACCCGUGGAAAGCAUUCAACGUCACCAAUACAAAGCUUUCAGGAAAAUCUCCUCUCAACCAAACGUCAAGAUGAUCUCCGCCGCUGCAGCCCGCGCUGCCCAGCGCACCACGACCUCGCUCGUCUCCCGCCGCGCCUUCCACGCAACCCGUGCCCGGCUCUCGUCGCCGUACCACUACCCCGAGGGUCCUUACACCAACAUCCCCUUCAACCCCAAGACCAAGUUCUUCUUCGUCAGGUACUGGCUCUUCAUGGCCACUGGUUUCUUUGCCCCCUUCGGCAUUGCUGCCUGGCAGACGUACAAGCCCCGGUAA